UGGUUGUUGUACUUGUUUGUUGACUUUGUUUGUUGAUUUACCGUUAAUAUGAAGAGAAGUAAACUGUGGUCGUAUUUCAAAAAAGAAGACAGUGAUGCCGUUUGCACACUUUGUAAUAAACGAAUUAAAACAUCUGGAAAUACAAGCAAUCUAGCAUCACAUAUGAAACACAAACAUCCAGAAAAUUUUGAUGUUGACGAUAAAUCUAUGGAUAAGUCACAACGAAAAUUGAUUGAAUGUGGUGGUACUUCAUCUAACUUAGCUAGAAGUCUUGGAAGUAAUCCUAACCCUCAAACAUCGGAUGAAAGUGCUCCACCCCCUGAAACACCUGCUAAUUCUGCUGAAGCUUCUUGUUCGUCUGCUGUGGUUGUUGCUCCAGUUAUUAAGUCCCCUACUCCUCCAAGUACGUCUGGAAACACUCCGAAAAUAAAAAAUGCUUUUGAAAAUGUGUAUCAAUAUUCUAAAGGAGGUGCAAAAUAUGACCGAAUUACAGAUGCUAUUGCAUAUUUCAUUGCUGUUGAUAACAGACCAUUUUAUGCAGUUGAAGGAAAAGGUUUUAAACAUUUGAUUAAGCAAUUAGCUCCCUUGUAUAGAGUGCCUUGUCGGGAAACGAUCAAAGCAAAGAUUGAUAAAAAGUAUGAGACAUUAUCAAAAACUGUGGCAGAGAAAUUUAAGAAUGUGGAACAUUUUUGUUUAACUACAGAUAUUUGGACAGAGAUAAUGACUAACACUGGUUAUUUGGGACUUACGGUUCAUUUUUUGGAACAGAAUGAAUUGCAAUCCAUGACAAUUGGUGUUUUUGAAUUAGAAGAAAGUCAUACUGGCGAGUAUAUUGGACAACAAUUGACAGAAAUAUUAAGAAGUUGGAAUAUUGAUACUGAAAAUGUUAUGGCUUUUGUUACUGAUUCUGGCGCAAACAUGAUAAAAGCUAUAAGGGAGACGUUUGGGGCAAACAAACAUAUCCCAUGUUUCGCCCAUAUGAUAAAUAGAGUGGCUGAAGAGGCCAUAAGAAAAACUUCCGGAUUGAAUGCCAUAAUAGACCAUGUAAGGAAUAUUGUGAAAUAUAUAAAGAAAAGACAAGAUAUGACAUUGGAAUUAAAAAGAAAGCAAAUAGAAAAUAAAAUAUCUAAAGAAAAAACUCUGAAAGUAAUGCUAGAUGUAAAAACACGAUGGAAUUCGUUGUAUUACAUGCUUCAGAGAUUUAUUGAUUUGGCGCCAUACAUUAGCGAUAUAAUUUUUUCAAAAAUUGAUGCACCCACCAUGCUAACUGCAGUUGAACUCAUCAUCAUAAAAGAUGUGGCUCAUGUUAUGCGACCACUUGAAGCUAUGACAAGAGAGGCUUCUGCCGAACAUUAUGUCACUAUAUCUAAAGUUGUGCCUAUGGUGAGUUGUGCAAUUGACCAAUACAACGAACUGAGAAUCACUUCGAGCAUUGCCGGCGACUUGAAGAUAAAUGUUACUCUGGAAAUGGAAAAACGUUUCGGUCAGCUGGAAUACAAUAUGUUGUUAGCAGUUUCAACAUUGCUAGACCCUCGUUUCAAAAACUUGCAUUUUAAGAAACCUGACGCAUGUGCAAAAGCUAUGUCAAGAAUUAGAAAAUUAAUUUCAGAUCAUAAAACCGCAGCCGCUACCGCAACAGCUUCAUCAACGUCUUCAGAGGAUGAAGAUAAAGAUGGAUUUGAUUUUUGGAAGCACCACAAAUCUUUGGCUCACACGCAAAUUAAAAGAAAAAAAACUGACAGUGACGACGAGCUUACGUUAUAUCUUUCUGCUCCUGUAAAUACUCUAAAAGUAAAUGUUCUCGAAAUAUGGCAAGAGAUGCAAGGUGUGUAUCCCAAUCUCUUUAAAGUGGCAAUGAGCCAUCUACCGAUUGUGGCAACAAGUGUUCCGUCUGAACGUCUUUUUUCAAAGGCAGGAGCCACUAUUACUCAGAGCAGAAACCGGCUACAUGGAAGCAGACUCUCAAAAUUAUUAUUUUUAAAUUCAAUAGCUGGUACAAAAUACUGGAAUUAAAACAUUUUUUAAUAAA